AUGACAUUUAUUCAACAGCUUCAACUCUUCGAACAGUAUGCCAUAAUCCUCGGGUGCAUCGCCUGCAAUCAGGGGAUCGUGGCCAGUGAGAGGACCGAUUGCGCCUGCCUGCCGGGUUACACCGGUGCUGACUGUACGGCCUGCCCGGCGGGGUGGUACAAGGAGCUGUACGGGGACUCCCCCUGUAUUCAGUGCCCGGCUGGCCUCUUCCAGCCCAGCACGGGUUCCUCGGUAUGUAGGUCCUGCGGCAUCAACCAGUACUCCGGGGUGGCCGCUCUCUCCUGCACCCCGUGCCCCGCCAACACCAUAUCCAACGAGAGCAACCCGUCGAUCUAUGGCUGUGUGUGCAAGAUGGGGUACGGCGCGCUGGACCCGAACCAGUGCAGCCUGUGCGUCCCGGGCAAGUACAAGUCCUCCAACGCGCUGGAGCUAUGCACCGACUGCCCUUCCAAUCGCGUGAGCCCCUACGGCAGCACCACCCAGUUCCAUUGCGUCUGCCGGGCGGGCUACUACAGGGACUCCAACUUCUACUGCCAGCCGUGCCCGCUGGGCCUCUGGAAGGAGAGCGACGGCGAUGCGGAAUGCACGGCCUGCCCCAUACACUCUACCACGCUGGUCAAGGGCGGUGCGGCGAUCUCGGCCUGCCAGUGCGAGCCGGGUUAUUUCGAGGCCGACGCACAGGUGUGCAGCCCCUGCCCCUCGUCCUUCUACAACCCGGACUACAACGUCUCUCUAUGCAGGCGCUGCCCCGACUUCUCCUACAGCCCGGUGGCCAGCAAGGAGAUCACCUCCUGCCAGUGCUACCGCGGCUAUGGUUGGAAUGGAACGGCCUGCGUGGAAUGCCCGGCUGGAAGUUACAAGUCCUACAUGGGCGUGGGCUCCUGUGUCCCGUGCCCGGAGGGUUCGACCUCCCUGCCUGCCAAUUCGGACGUGCUCAAGUGCUACUGCAAGCCGGGCUACACCGGGAAUAACGGCGCCGUCUGCACCCCGUGCGACUACAACACAUACAAGCCCGAGCCCUACUCCGGGCUCUGCAGCGCCUGCCCUCCCCACAUGGUCACCGCAGGGAGAGGCUCUAUCGAUGUCUCCCAGUGUGUCUGCGACGUGGGCUAUUACUACAAGACCUCGGACCGUGUGUGUGUCCCCUGUGGGAUAGGCACUUACAGGGAUUCGCUGGGGCUCGCCUCCUGUAUCACCUGCCCGAACAACCAGUCCACCGUGGGCCAGGCUGCUGCAUCGGUGGCGGACUGCGUGUGCGGCGCCGGCUUCACGGGGAAGGACGGGGAGGCCUGCCAGGCCUGCAUGCCCGGGAGCUUCCGGUCCUCUUCGGACAGCGAGCCGCUGAAGAACAUCAAUUAUGCCAGCCUUUUCGCCCCUUCUGGUAGUAUCCCGGCCAUCGCACCGCGGUAUAGGACCGUCGAUGCCGUGUUCGUCUUCGAUGUCGUGUUCCCCUCUAGCAUACCACAGGGUAUGAAGCUGCUGGAGUUCGGGGGGAGCGACGUGGGGGUGUGGAUCGGGGUCGUGUCCGUGGGGGGUGCCUGGGUCAUGAGGGCAAGGGCGGGGGAUGGCUCUCAGACGAUCACAUCCGGCGUCUCCUACACUGGCCUGGCCUACGCGGAGAUGCCAAGAUAA